CUCACUCUUCAGCUCAGAAAAAAAUAUUAAAAUAUCAAAAUCAGCUCAACUACGUCACAUCUCAUUGUCCUAUUAUACCAAGUAUUGAUUCACAAUCCUCAUCGUUUAACGUCAGACAAAUGAUGGUCGACAGUACGGGAAUGAGAACGGACAAUAUAAAGCCAGGAACGCCCAUUACGUCUGAAACGUCCAGCUCAAAAAAUACCAACGAUAGCUCCAGCGGCAAUGUCAAAAACAGUUCAACAACUGUCGAAAAGAUUGUACCAUCUAGAAGCAGGAGCAAUCAGAGAUGGAUGAAACUCAGAACUACCGUGCAGUUGUCCAGUGCUAUAUCUUCGACGAUAAAGACAUCAAAACCGACGUUGCAGAGGGAGGAUUCAUUCAUCAAACGGUUUUCCACGCGGCAAGUGGCCGAAAAGCAGGAGACGUUGGACACCGGCGAUGACGGCGAAUGCAGUUCCGGCUCGCAGGACAACAUCGAGUACGUGCGCCGGAAACGCCGGUUGCGCCGGAAACAGAACAAACUCCCGUGGUCCGUGGUCAACCCGGACGAGAACUUCUAUUUCAACUGGCUAAUGGUGCUGACGGGCUGCACGCUGUACAACCUGUGGACGGCCAUCGUCCGGCAAAGUCUGCCCGARCUKCAACGCAUGGCUUCCCCGUGGUGGUCUGCCAUGGACGCGUUCAGCGACAUCGUGUUCCUGCUGGACGUGGCCGUCCAGUUCCGCACCGGUUAUCUGGAACAGGGCCUGAUGGUGUACAAUACCAGCAAGCUGGCCGGCCAUUACAUCCGGUCACGGUCGUUCCUGUUCGAUCUCAUAGCGCUCACGCCACUGGAUCUGAUACAACUAAAGAUCGGCGUGCAUCCCAUACUCCGGUUCCCCAGGUUCAUCAAGCUAGUUAAUUAUUUGUUUACAUUUUUGAAAAUUACAUGGCUUGAAUUGGAAGUGUAA